CGCCCCAGCCCCGUAGCUCGUCUCCCUCCUCGAGCUAGCGCCGCCACCCUCCCUCCCCAUCCCACUGCCGAGCGCCCCAGCGCCCCCGCUCCGUCGCUCGUCUUCCUCCUCGCGCAAGCGCCCGCCACCAGGUUGAUCUCUCGGAUUCUCUCGUUCCCGGCCGUUUCUCCUCCCAUCACCUCACGAAUGAAUUCCGCCCUUUAGCCCCCCGUUUCAUCUCCUUAAUCACCCCCAAUUCGUAACUGAGGCAAAAAUCAAGGACCGCCCUACCUUGCCCUACCGGGUCCUCCGCCCGUGACUUCGCUGGUUGUUUGCAGAACACUCAGAACACAAUAGCUGGACACAAAGUUUACCAGAACAAUCUUUAAUUUGCAAUCGAGCCAUGGAAGACAACAAUGACAAGCUUCUUGAUGAGAAAAAUGAAGCAGGACAGGCCCAUCCACAGGAUUUCGCUCUUCCUCAGGAUAUCCAGCACCUUAUUCUUGCUUCCCUACCUGGUAGGCUUGUUCUCAAGCGUCGCAGAGUGUGCAGGUUCUGGCGAGACUGCAUUGAAGAACCUGGUUUCAUCGACCGUCACCUCAGCAAUGCUCUGCGCUUCCACAAGUCCAUUGCUUGCUUUACCUCUGUUGAUGGCGGUCUUGUCCACAUGUACACGUUUGAUCCCACCACGAUGAACUUCAAAAGCAUGGAUCUCGUGUUCUCGUGUAGGUUUCAGAUGUCAGGCCCCUGCAACGGCUUGGUGUGCUCCUAUGAUCUAAAAGGUGCUCCUGAGGUCUUCAAUCCAACAACAAGGAAGCAUCUGGAACUGCCAGUUUCAGAAAUCCAGUCGCAGAGCCUUUUUUCAGAAUAUUUUCUUGGAUUUGUGCAGUCGACAAAACAGUACAAGGUGGUUGGUGUCUGCCACCGGGUGCGGUCCUUGACAUUUGAGGUAUGCACUGUUGGCACGCUGUCAUGGAGGGCGGUACGUGAAUCUGCAGACCUCCUGAAGUCAACAAAGGCCGUCAUUGUUAAUGAUGUCAUGCAUUGGCUACUUCUUGAUGAGGCAUCCUCCCAUUUUACUCGGAAGAUCUUGUUGUUGAACCUGACAGAUGAGAAGUUCUCAGAAACUUCUGUUCCAGAUGCUGUAAAGGACCGUGAUUUGGAACUAUUUGAGGGCGAGGGAAAGCUCCAUUUAUGGUCCAAUGCCGGUAAGGGCUCAGCAUCUACAGUCUCGGAGAUUUGGGUGGCAAACUCGACCUGCCAAGUCUGGAUGCACAUGCACACCAUCUAUUUUCCAAUACCUGCAGGCAUGAGGCCACUUUUCUUGCACAAGAAAAAGCUCUUCUAUAGUGAUCAAAUAAGAUUCAGCUACUUUGAUCUUCAGGAUGGGAGUGAUUACUAUGUCUCCAUGCCUUUUGGUGAGUCUAUCAUAUCGUCUGGGGUUUUUGUGGAGAGCUUUCUUGUACCUUCUGUCACUGGCUUAGUGAACUCCACAACAUCAGCGCAGAGUUCUCACCAUGGUGCUGGCUCAUCCUCAGUAGGCCCUGGAAAUUCAUCUGCCCUCACUGGAUGGUCCUUACCAAAAGUGUUUCAAUCUUUCAAGCAGGCGAAGAGAAAGGUGAACAUGGAGUGGAGGAUGACGCGGGUUGCCUGAGAAGUCCCACAUCAUCCAUGAAUAGUUCUCUCUGUAUUGUACCAUGGUGUAUACAGAGUUCACUCUGGGAGGAUUGGGAUACAGUCCUCUCUGUAUUGUACCAAUCCAACAAAAGUUGCUGGUGUUUGUUUGUAUGUAAUGUUAUGGCAGAAAUGAAGAAGAAAGAGACCAUGGGGUUGGAUCUGGGACAGGGUAGAACAUAAGAAAAUAAGCAAGUGACUGUUAUUUCUUAUUCUUUUAGCUCCCUUGUUGUGUGGGGUUUAUGUGUUGAAAUGCGAAAACUCUGAACCUGCUGUACUGUGCACCUGUUAUGAUUUGUUGUACUGAACUGUAUCCCAA